AUGGCCGACGGCUCCGGCUUCUUGACCCUCCUGGGCAGCUACAAUAUCUUCAUCUCGCCGAUCUGUGGCAUCAUCAUGGUCGACUAUUUCGUCGUCAGGCGCGGCAACAUCCACACGCCUUCGCUUUUCAACCCGGCCCUGGGGUCUUUGUACUACUACACUAAAGGCUGGAACCUCAAAGCGCUGGCAUGCUGGGUCUCUGCUGCAAUUUUCGGCGUUCCGGGCCUGAUCGGAGCAUACCAUCCGACAUGGGUCGCUGAAGCCGCCAUACACAUGUACCAAACGGGAUGGGUGAUAUGUUUUGCGGUGGCUGUCGCCUUUUACUUCACGGCCAAUCUCGUGAUGCCGGCCAAGGUGUUCCCCAUGGGCCACGAGGGUGCUUCGAAAGGGUUUGAAACCCUCGCAGAGACGGAAGGGUAUUUUGAUGGUGAGAUGCUCAUUGAAUCGGGUGUGACCACCGGCCAGGAGCCUGAAGACCGAGCGUCGGAAGGAAUGAGCGCCGUUUCUGUGAGGGAUAUUGUGGGCAGUGAGAAGGUUUGA